AUGUCUAAUUUCAUUGAUAUGAGCUACUACCCUGAAUUAGCCAAAUAUUUUGGUGUACUAGGUAACAUCAUUUCCUGCAUGGUGUUCUUAGCUCCGGUGAAAACUUUUUACCGAAUAUACAAAAACAAAUGCACUGAAGGAUUCCAGUCACUACCAUAUUUGGUAGCAUUGUUCAGUUGUAUGCUUUGGCUAUUCUAUGGAAUUAUCAAAACAAGAUCGAUGUUUAUCGUUACCAUUAACUCAAUUGGAUGUGGCAUAGAAGUUAUCUACUGUAUCAUGUACAUAGCCUAUGCCCCCAGAGCUGCAAGGAAAUCAACCAUAAAAACAUUUGUGGCAAUGAACGUUGUUUUAUUCACCUUGAUUUUAUUGGUCACACAAUUUGCUAUACCUGAAGACCAUAAAGUCCAUAUUCUAGGUUGGAUUUGUGUCGUUGUUUCAGUGAUUGUGUUUGCAUCACCUCUAAUGAUUGUGGUACGAGUUGUUAAAACAAGAAGUGUACAGUUUAUGCCCUUCAGUUUGUCACUUUUCCUUACAUUGAGUGCAAUUAUAUGGUUUGGACAUGGUUUCUUUAAACAGGAUGUGUGCAUUUAUCUUCCGAAUGUGGUUGGAUUUUUAUUGGGGAUAAUUCAGAUGGUGUUAUAUGCUUAUUACUCAAAAUAUGGUGAUAACAAUGAUGAUAAGCAAGAUCAAGGGAUAAGUAUUGCUGUUGUGAAUCCAUUAGAUGAAAAUGAUGAUAUUAUUGAGGAAGUGAAUAGUCAACAACUUCAAGUGAAGAAGCAUGGUUUGGAAGAUGAAAACGAGAAGCAAGGGAAAAAUGUGGAAGCUAUAUAG